UCAUUAAAUAAAUUAUAUCACAUAAAAAAAAAACGUCAAUACUUUUUUCGCAAACAUUUUGAAUGUUAAUUAAAAAAUAGUUUGUUAUGAACAAUUGAAUUAUCGAAAGAAAACAACAAAUUCUUAGAAAUAAACGAAAUUCCUUUUAUUCAAAACUCACUCAUACAAUUCAGUCGUACCAAGCAAAGAUAAAAAGUUCUAUUUUUAAAUUGUGGUAACAAUGGGAAGGAAAACAAACUGCGUUUGAUUUUUAAUGAAUUGUUGUCGUAAUAAAUUACGUGUUUAAUUGUUUUUUGAAUUUAUUUUUUGAUAAAUACGAGUUCGGUUUUAUUGAAUAAUAAAUUAAAUUAAUAAAUAAUGGACUCAAGAGAUUUAUUCAAAGCAUUUUAUGAUGACCCACGUGUCGCUUGUCAGUAUGGUGUGAAAUGUUAUCAGAAAAAUCCGGAACAUCAUGAAAAAUAUAAACAUCCACCGGCAACUCAACAAAGUACGCGCGGUAAAACCACCACAAAAAAAGGUAAAAAACGUAAACUAAAUGAUGAUUGUGAGAAUGAUGAUUCUGAGUCAUCAAGAAAAUUAAAAAAUAAAAAAGAUGAUGAAUGUCAACAAGUUGUAGAUAAACGAGACAUAUCACCAAGUCCGUCUAUUUCAACUGAUGAUGAUAACGAUGAUGAUGAUGAUUUUGAGUGUGAUGAAGAGGAUAUUGAAAGAAUAAUGAAGGAGGCUUCUGCAGAAAAACCAAUUACCUGUAAUUCGAAUAAUUCUGAUGAUGCUGAUUUAAUUACAGAAAAUUCUGAAGAGUCAACAUCGAAAGAUAAUGAUGAUAAAAUAAAUACACCGAAUGAUAAUUCCGUGGAAACAACAGAGACUAGUCUAGCUGCUAAAAAGAAAAUUAUUUCAGAAUUAUUUCUCGUAGAAAUGCCAGAUGAUUUUUAUAAAUUUUAUGAAUUCUGUUGUUCAUUAUUUAAAGAUGAUCCUGUUUCAUCUUUAAAAAGUGUUGAUUUAAAGCUCGUUGGUCCUUAUGAUGUGUUGGCUGGUAAAAUAAUAAAAUACUCUGACGAUGAUAAGGAAAAGUACUUGAGACAUUGGAGAUACUUUUAUGAUACACCAGAGUUCCAGACUGUUUUAAAAGGAAACGAUAAGGAUGGACUACAUUAUGGAUAUUGGCGUGAUGAUUGUAAAAUAAAUCCAGCUUUUGUUGCUAAAAAUUCAGCUAAUAAGGAUCAUAAAAUAAUAUCUGUUGCGCCAAAUAUAUUUGGUGCAGUCUUGUCACAUGUAGAAGAACGUUUAAAAGUGGCUGGUCCUUUUGAUAAAGCUAAAAUUUCCCGUAUUCAACAAUCAUUAAAAACUUACGCUAAAAAACAUGAUAUAAGUUUAGAUAAAAGUUCAGCUGAUCUGCAAAAACGCAAUCGUGAUGUUGUGACAAAAACAUUUCACGGUGCCGGUAUUGUUGUCCCUUACAAUAAAAAAACACAACUAGGAUACAGACAAUUAGCAUUAACUGACAGUCAUCUACUAAAAUUAUUACAACAGAUUGAAAAAGCCGACUGCGAUGAAAUAAGACAAUCACUGAUGAGUAAACUCGAAGAAGUUGUAAGACUUGCGACGAUAGCAGCAGAUGAGUGUGACUUUGGUACACCUCUAGAAUUAGGUCAUAAUUUAUUUAGUAGCGGAGUUAAAUACGUACAGCGAAUAGCUAUGCAAAUGUUUGCGCAGUCUUAUAAUCUUCUUAAACGGCCAGAAUUUUUGAAAAUUGCUGAAGCGCAUGUUGCUAAUAGAAAAAAAGGAUGUGACUUGAGUGUACUGUGACGUCAUUGAUAGUCAUCUGUGUUAUAUUAUUUAUAUUUAUUUGCUCAUCACAUUUAUUUAAAUAAUUUUAAAUGAUACUGAAAAUAGCCGCCGUUUAAUAAUUUUUUGAUUAUUUUUCAGAACGAUGAAUUAUAAAAAAAAAAAUAUUUGAAAAAAUUGCACCUGUAGUUUUUAAAAUUUUCUACAUAUUGCAUUUUUUUAGUUUUUUUUUUUCCAAUUGAUUUGUUGACAGAAAAAUCUGAAAAUUGUUGAUCAUAAUUCUGUAAAAAAAACUAAAAAUAUGCACAUGUGGAAAAUUAAAAAAACUAUUAGGGUGGUUGUUAAAAAUUGAAUUUUCUCAGGCGCUCCAUAAAAAGUUUCUUUUUAGUAAAAAUAUACGUGGGAAAUUUGGUUUUUUCUUUUUGAGUAAAAAGAACACGUGCCGCAGGAUCAAAGUUCAUUUUUCGAUACAACCGCAGUUUUUUUUAAAUAUCUCAUUAAAUAUGCAGAUUAAAGGAAAAAAUUAUAGGAACAAUUUUGUAGGAAAUUAAAUUCUUGACAAAAAAGGUCAUACUCAUUUUUUUUAUAAAAUGCGUAUUCAUGAAGAUAUUUUAAAAAAACUUUUCUAGAUCUUAUUAAUUGAGCAUUUUAAGGAUAACGAAUGUUAAAAAUAACGUUUUUUCUUAAAUAUAUACUUCGUAACUCGUAACAUAUCAAUCAUUAAUACUUGUUAUAGUUUCUAUAUCCUCAGUCCCGAGGCAUCAUUUUGUUUACUAUUUGAAUAAUUUUUUAUAAGUAUACUAAUAGACCUUUUAAGAAGCAAAAAAACUUAUUUUAUAAUUUUUAAUUUUUUAAAGCCAUCUACAUUAAAGCAGUAGCAAUUAAUUAUUUUUAUGGUUUAGCAAACAGCUGCUAGCUGCCAAUGCCGGCAAAAUUGACCCCUAUACGGGGCGUCAGGAUCGAGGAAGAUAUACUUAGAAAAAUGUUAUUUUCAAAAUUUGUAAUCCUUAAAACGCUCAAUUCAUAAGUCCUAAAUAAAGUUUUUUCAAAAUAUCUUCAUAAAUACACAUUUUAUAAAAAAAAUGAACAUUGCCUUUUUUGUCAAGAAUUUAAUUUCCUACAAAAUUGUUCCUAUGAUUUUUUCCUUUAAUCUGCAUAUUUCAUGAGAUAUUUAAAAAAAACCGCGAUUGUAUCGAAAAAUGAACUUUGUUUCUGCGGCACGUGUUCUUUUUUCUUAAAAAGAAGAAAUCAAAUUCCCCACGAAUUUUUUCACUAAAAAGAAGCUUUUUAUGGGGUACCUGAGUAAAUUUAAUUUUUAACGACCACCCUAAAAACUAUAGGUGCAAUUUUUCGAAAUAUUUUUUUUUUUAAUCAUCGUUUGAAAAAAAAUACAAAAAUUAUUAGGCGUCGGCUAAUUUCACUAUCAUUUUAUUUUCAAAUUAUUUAUUGAUAAUUGACAGAAGUUUUCAUAGUUUUUUCAUCAAAUAGUAAUUUUUAAAUUUGCGAGGUGAAAAGAUUGUCAUCAAUUGAUUAGCACUUGAGAGAAUUGAUAUUUUUCUUAUCAGUAUCAGUAUUGAAAGUUAUUUUUAUUUUUGUAAUGAACGUCGCUGAUAUUGAACUCAAUUUAAAUCCAUAGGGUAAAAUUUUUAUUAGAUGAUUUUAGCUGGUAUCUAUUUCCAUCCAUGUAUUUUUCAUUGUUUACAAGUUGAUCUUGGGUACAAAGAUGUGAUUUACAAGAAUAUUAAAUAUUUUAUCAUCUAAA